GUCAAAUACAAAAAUUGCAUGGAGAUGGUGGAUGACAAAAAAAUUAAAUUUGAAAAAUAAUUUUUAACAAGAUCAAAUCAAGUGCUAAAAAAAUAUGAGCGACUCAGAUUCUGAUGAUGAAAAUUUUAUUCUAUAUGGCACACCACUGGAUCCUUUUGAAGAAGAUGAAGUUCCCUCAAAGAGGAAGUUCCAGCAGCCAGCCGACCAGUAUGCUGUGGAUGACCAUGGUCGGCGCAGGUUCCAUGGCGCCUUCACUGGGGGCUUCUCAGCUGGAUUUGGCAACACAGUUGGCACUCCGGAGGGAUGGACUCCUAGUAGUUUUAGAAGUUCUCGGCUGGAGAAGGCGCAGGCUUCUCAGAAGCAAAAACCUGAAGACUUUAUGGAUGAGGAGGAUCGUUCAGAAUUUGGUAUUGCACCUCGUCACAUGCAGACUAACCAUGAGUUUUCAGGGCGGAAGAGGCCAAGAGCACCACGGUUUCAUGAUGGGCCUAUACCAGGUGAACCGGUGCUAGAGCAAUUGGUCAGAGCCGUGCAUGAAACUGCUGCAGUGAAGAUGUUAAGGAGAAUGGGCUGGAAGGAAGGCCAAGGAGUGGGAGAUAGAGUCACUCACAGGGAGAAGAAGAAGAGUAAAGAACAGCACAAGGUGUAUGGAUGUUAUAUGCCACCUGAGAUGAGACAAGAACCAACACAGUCUUCAGAUAGUUCGGAUUCUGAAUUUGAGUACGAAACAUUAUUUGCGCCAGACGAUUAUGAGCCUUAUAUACUACAGAAGAAGAGCGAUCGUUUCGGUUUAGGCUAUAAGGGACUCAGUCGACACUCGGUGCUGGGCAACUUGGGAGGUGAUGAAAGAAGCCACUUAGUUAUGAAGGAAAAAGGCAAGAAGGUAUCAAUACGCGGACAAGCGUUCGGCGUGGGUGCCUUCGAAGCGGAUGACGAGGACAUUUAUGCCACACAAGACAUGUCGCAUUACGAUUUCGCUCUGGGAAAUCCCGCUGAGGCGAAAACGUCAAAGAAAAAUGUCAAAGCAAUCAAUGUGAUAGAAGGUUUCGUGAAAGCCACGCAGCCGAUGCCGUCGGUGCCGGCGUACGCCCCGCCGGCGCUGCCGCGCGACUACACGCCGCUCGCCGCCGGCACCAGACGGUCCAGGUUCGAACCCACGGCCGCUGUUCUGCACAGAGACCAGGGACUAGGACGGCACGAGCUCACCGCAGAAGCGCGGGGUGCCUUAUUAGGGGAAGUCCCUGUACCCAAAACACCAAUAGACACGCACGAUCCACCACAGACAACCUCGCAAACGCCGAGACAAACGGAAAUGUCAAAAUUCCUACAAAAAAAUAUCAACUUCAUCUCGCCAAAUACAGAAACUGUACAAGCUAAAUCAACACCUGACUUUAUAUCUAUAAAGGAUUCCGGCAAGGAACAAGUGGCACCCAUCUUCAAGCCGUUCGCAGGCGAUCCGCUCAAGCAGUCGAGAUACGAAAUGUACUUGCGGGACAAGGACAGCGUUAUGUUGGAGCGGGAGAGAGAUGCAGACAGACUGAGCGAGUGGGAGAGGAACAGGGAGAUGGUAGAGUUCGAGCAGGCGGCUAUAUUGUAUAGGCCUUUAAGUGGAGCUAUGGGAGAUAGAUUUACUCACGCGUCAGAACCAGACGACGCGCUGAAUCCCCUCUGCGCGGUCGCCAAGAGUUCCAUCAACUACGGUCUAGCCACGCCGGAGCAGGUAGAGGCGGCCAAGAUAGGCGCCUAUGGACUUAUAACGAGGAAGGAAUCAGCAUGGCGGCCGGAAGCUCUCGUUUGUAAGCGAUUCAACGUCCCCGAACUUGGAGGAGCUAGAGUUGAACCAAAAAAAGAUGGCAAGCCAAACGUUUCGUAUUCCAUUUUCUCUUACUUGGAAUCUUCUGUACACGACAAAGAGAGUUUUACUAAAGAACAGAGUAAAUUCGGUGGAUCUAAAUCAUUGAAUUUCGAAAAUAAGAAAGAUACAAGUCUUCCUAGCAAGGAAAAACAUAAUGAAGUUAUAAAUAUAGAGAAAGAUAAAGUUUCUGAUAUUAGUAUAGACAAACCAACGACCAGUCAAGUUAUUGUUUCUAAUACGAAUUCAAGUCAAGAAGGUAAUAAAAGAAUGACAGUAGUAGAUCUGUUUCUAAAAGAAUCUGAAAAAGAUUUACAGACAAAGCAGCAAGGUGCUGAAGUUACAGAAACAAUAGAAAAAUUCGAUAAAAUAGAUCUUUAUAAAGCAAUAUUUCUUAGUGACAGUGAAAAUGAGGAUAUAAAUGAUGAUGAUACGACAGCUAAAGAUAAAGAUGAUAAUGAUUUUAUAGUGAAGCCUAAAAACAUUGAACGUAACACCUCCCCACCCAGAGGUAUAUUUGCUAAUAUAGAUUUUGAUGAAAUCAACGCUUGGAGAAGACCAGAAAAUGAAAGCGGUGAUAAUAAAACUGUGGAAAAUAAUAUCCAAACCAAACCUGAAGAAACAAAAGAAAAGACUAUAGAUAGUAUAAAUGAUGGAGGAAAAGAAAUGACUGGAGAAGUAGAACAAGAGGAGACUUACGGUCCAAAAAUACCAGAAAACUUAAAAAAACGAUUAGAAUCUGCAGCGAUCAUAGAAAUAGAUAAUUUUAAACCGAUUUUUACGAAGAAAAACAAAUCUGACGAUGAUAAUUCGCUGUCCAGUUCGGACUCGUGGGUCGAAAUUAAAACUAAAUCGAAGAAAGACAAAAAAAAGAAAAGCAAGAAACAUAAAUCGAAGCACAAGAAAAGCAAAUCGAAACACAAGAAAAAAUUUUAGGGUAGAUAAGAAAAAGGGUAUUUAAAUAUUAUGUAUUAUUUAUUUAUUAAGUUAAUCUUGUAAAACUUGUAAAGAGAGUUGUUAAUAAAAAUUUUGUGCCACAU